UCCCCACCUUGCUCUUUCCCCUCCAGCUCCGCUCUCCUCUUGCCGCCACGCCACCCUCCUCCCACUCUCCCAGCCAUCGCCCUCCCGCUUGCUGCUGCCGUUCCGCUUCCGCCGCCACCGUCGCCCGCCCACCGAAGCGGCGGCCCGUGCCGCCUCCCGCGCGGUCCCUCCCGCGAGCUCCCCCUAUUUCGUGCUCCGGGUGUGGGCAGCUCCUCCCCUUCUCAUCUUCCUCUACCGGGGAUUUCUAUUAGGUUUAUUGCUGAGUUGCGUGGUGGCAAUGUGCUAGGAUAGCAAAUUUGGGUGGCAGAGCAACCAGUGGUUCAUUACUCUACCUGACAUACACUCACACACGCCAUGUCAACAAGGACGAGAAGGCAUUUCGCGAUAUUCACCACCGCAAGUCUCCCAUGGAUGACGGGAACAGCCAUCAAUCCUUUGUUCCGAGCUGCAUACCUCGCAAAGGAUGGUGAUAAGGAUGUCACGUUGGUAAUCCCCUGGCUUUGUCUAAGGGACCAAGAGUUAGUUUAUCCUAACAAGAUUGUAUUUGACUCGCCUCUGGAGCAUGAGAGCUAUGUUCGUCACUGGAUUGAGGAGAGGGUUGACUUUAGGCCAUCCUUCAGCAUCAAAUUUUACCCUGGGAAGUUUUCUACAGAAAUGAGAAGCAUUCUCCCAGUUGGAGAUAUUACAGAAUGCAUUCCAGAUGAACUGGCUGACAUUGCUGUAUUGGAAGAGCCUGAGCAUCUAAAUUGGUACCACCAUGGGCAAAGAUGGAAAAAUAAGUUCCAGCGAGUGAUAGGAAUUGUUCACACAAAUUAUCUAGCAUAUGUAAGGAGAGAAAAGAAUGGACAAGUGAUUGCUUGUUUCCUCAAGUAUGCCAACACCUGGGUAACUCGAAUAUAUUGCCACAAGAUUAUCAGAUUGUCUGGUGCCACUCAAGAUCUGCCAAGGUCUGUUAUAUGCAACGUCCAUGGUGUUAAUCCAAAAUUUCUUGAGGUAGGCAAACUAAAGUUGAGGCAGCUGCAGAGUGGGGAGAAAGCCUUCAGUAAAGGGGCAUACUACAUUGGGAAGAUGGUAUGGAGUAAGGGAUACAGGGAGCUUCUUGACCUGCUGUUCAAAUAUCAGAGCAAGUUAGCUGGUCUUGAAGUGGACUUAUAUGGCAGCGGAGAAGAUUCUGAUGAAGUCCGUGAAUCUGCCAAACGUUUAAGUUUGGCUGUCAAUGUUCAUCCUGGUCGUGAUCAUGCAGAUCCCUUGUUCCAUGAGUAUAAAGUAUUCAUCAACCCCAGCACCACAGAUGUGGUCUGUACGACCACUGCUGAAGCCUUGGCAAUGGGAAAGAUCGUCAUAUGUGCCAAUCACCCGUCGAAUGAGUUCUUCAAGCAAUUCCCCAACUGCCGUAUCUAUAAUAGUGAAGAAGAAUUUGUACAGCUAACACUGAAUGCUCUAUCUGAACAGCCUGCUCCAUUGACAGACAUGCAGAGGUAUGGGCUGUCAUGGGAGGCAGCGACUGAGAGGUUCAUUGAGGCCGCUGAUAUAAAUCCUCAUGCGCCAGAGUCCAGGGCCCAUCAAACCUCCAGGGCUUCGUUGCCUGCUUUUCUAAGAACUCGUAGACUGAAGCAAAACUUGGAGGACGCGUCAGUUUACCUGCACCAAGCGCUCUCAGGUCUGGAAGUCACCCGGUGUGCAUUUGGUGCUGUUCCAAAGACGCUGCAGCCUGAUGAGCAGCUGCGCAAGGAUCUUGAUUUGGCACCUCCGCCAAAGAGGAAAAAACUGAAAUUUAAGCUGAUGACGUAACGUUUGCAACUUCUUUCUACUUCACGUUUGCAGUGGUUUUCUUCAUGUACAGCAUUAGUGGACAUUUUCUUUUCUUCUAAAAUUUGACAUUACCAGAACAAUCCGGAGGGGUCCUGAACUCUUGUGGAGGUUUAGUGCUUAUUUUCGCUGCUUACUGGGAUGCAUCAUGCAUCAACCAGACUAUAUUGUACUAAAUUGUCCUGGUAGCUUAGAGGGGAGAAGAACCCACUGAAGUACUGAACAGUGCUGUAAUUCUGUGAAUUGAUUGAUGGAUCGUAAAUUUGUAAUGAACUGUGAA